AUGGCGUCGCACUAUAGUCACUUCAUCUCCAAACGGGCCACACGGAGACAGUCGCUGGCGCUUUUCUGGAUGUUCAACGUCGUGGCGCACACCAAGAUUCCAUUCAGCGGAGAGCGAGCACAACUUCUCCCACGGCAACAGCUUCAAUGGAUGCAGGAACCGCCAGAUAAACCUGUCAAUCAUCCACAGAUCAUGACCAUACAGCGGGCCAACAGUGGAGUCUCCCGUAUUCAUCGUUCUUACUCGAACACAGCCCACCAAAACCUCGUGGGAAUCUCAAGUGACAACCACCAGACGACGCGUUGGCAGCGCGAGAUCACGCCUCACUAA